CCCUCCUCGCCUCUCUUUUGCGGAGCUGCAGGGRGGAGGCGCCGGCCCUCCAUUGGCGGGGAGACCGACAGGGAGAGGGAAAGAGGCGGCAGAGUUGGGCUGAGGCGGCGCGGAGCAGAAAGGAGGCGCCCCCGGGCUUGGCUGGCGCCCCCCCCCCCCGCCUCUCCUUUUCUCCAUCCUCAGCGGGGAAGCCUCUUUCCGGAGCUCGAAAGAGGGGGAAGCGCCUGGGAGCCUCGCAACGCUCCCAAAGUGAGAGGAAGAAGCGCCUGGGUYGAAGCGGAGGAGGAGGAAGGAAGGGAAGGAGAACAGAGGCGCGCCGCUCCUGGCUCCUCUCCCCACGUUUUCCUUGUCUUUUCUCUCUCCUCCCCCCCUUUUCCUCCACUGUGCAAGUGGUAUCAGAGCCAAGCAGAAGGAGGAGCAUCCCGGGAGGGKUUCUUCUUCUUCUUCCAAGUCCCAUCUCCUCUCGGGCUUUGUUUUGGAACUGGGCGCCCGCCUUGGAGCUCCUCUCGUUCUCAAKCCCGCCUCGAAGCCCUCCUCUUCUCCCGCCAACCACCCCCAUCAUCCUCGCGUAGGAAAAAGAGGGGGUUUUGGGGGGCUCGGAGCCCCUUCAAGCUGCCCCUUGGGUUUGUUCGGCGUCUCUAAAGUGCGGGGAAAGGCGCUCCCGACCCGAGGGUCUGGUUGGGCGCCUUGCGAAGGCAACACAGAGAGCGCUCUGCUUUUCCUCCUGCUCUGGUGGAGUUCCGAUCCGGAGAAGCAAAGCAGGGUUUGGAGGAGGAAGGGAGGAGGCGAGGGAGGACCCUCUUCUUCUUCUUCCUCCUCCUCCGCAGUUUGGAAGAGUUUGGCACUUGGGCUGCGACCGCGCUUGUCCGCACACGCCCGCGAACAACGUACACAAACAACACGCCGCUUCCCUCCAUCGCUUUGGACUCGGGCUCGCCUCUUUCCUUUUGGUUUAUUUGGCUGGGAAAGGGAGAGCAGCGGGGCCACGCGGGCGGAUGCCUCCCUUGUCCUGGGCUCCAUGACAUCGGGUCGGAUUCGGGAUCCAAAGGGAGUGACUUUCCUUUCCCUCGGGAUCUGAAAAGGGGAAGGAAGGAAGCGCGCGGGGGGAAAGAGGGCCACGAAUCUCCCCCAAAGCUUUGGCUUCCCGGGGGGAGAAAAGACCAGAGGAAGAGGCCAAGGAGGAGGGCGCGCAGGAGCCCGCGGGGCGCGAUGGCCAAGCCGGGGGCAGCCCACCUCGCCGCGGCGGCGGGAUUGCUUUUACUUUUGCAGUGUUUCGCCGACCGGUUGCAGCUCAUCGGAGCCUUGGAGCCCAGAUCGAGCCACGGUACAUUUUAUGAAAUAGUUCAGCGUUUCCCUCAAGUGGAACAGAAUGUGCGUGUGGAUUCCUACAGAUAUAGCCACAGGUGGAAACGACAUUCAGAGUUCCUCAAGUCAGUUGACACCAAUAGAGCCAGCGGGGGUCAGGAAUCCUCAGAACCUGGAGGCUUCACAGACUUGAUGUUUGAUGACACACACGACAACACAACGCAGAUCGAGGAAGAUGUGGAUCACAAUUACUAUACUUCUCGGACCUUUGGCCCAUCUGAUUCUAUCAGUCGUGAUCUAUGGGUGAACAUAGACAAAAUGGAGAAAGAUAAAGUGAAGAUUCAUGGGAUCCUCUCCAACACGCAUCGACAAGCCGCAAGAGUGAAUCUAUCCUUUGAUUUCCCAUUUUACGGCCAUUUCCUACGUGAAAUUACUGUGGCAACUGGGGGUUUUAUCUAUACAGGAGAUGUUGUGCAUCGAAUGUUAACGGCUACACAGUACAUUGCUCCCUUGAUGGCCAACUUUGAUCCAAGUGUGUCACGAAAUUCUACUGUAAGGUACUUUGAUAAUGGUACUGCCCUGGUUGUGCAGUGGGACCACGUUCAUCUCCAAGAUAAUUACAAUCUGGGCAGUUUCACAUUUCAGGCAACUCUUCUCAAUGAUGGCCGUAUCGUUUUUGGCUACAAAGAGAUUCCUGUCUCAGUGGCACAUAUUAGUUCAACCAAUCACCCUGUGAAAGUAGGGUUGUCAGAUGCAUUUGUGGUCGUCCAUAGGAUCCAGCAAAUUCCAAAUGUCCGUAGAAGAACAAUAUAUGAGUAUCACAGAGUGGAGCUUCAGAUGUCAAAGGUUACCAAUCUGUCAGCUGUUGAGAUGAUUCCUCUACCUACCUGCCUCCAGUUUAACAGCUGUGGGCCUUGUGUCACAGCCCAAAUUGGCUUCAACUGCAGCUGGUGCAAUAAACUCCAAAGAUGUUCCAGCGGAUUUGAUCGUCACAGACAAGACUGGGUAGAUAAUGGCUGCCCUGAAGAGUCAAAAGACAACAUUUGUGAAAAAAAGAUAGAUACAACUCAAAUGCCUCCUCACACCAGUAUUGCCAUACAGCAAACAACAACAAGAUUCAGAGUUUUAACCACUACCAAAGGAGCCAUGACAUCCCAUUUGCCUACGAGUCUGCCCACAGAAGAUGAUACCAAGAUAGCUUUACAUCUAAAAGAUAAUGGAGCCUCAACAGAUGACAGUGCAGAAGAGAAAAAAGGUGGAACUCUUCAUACUGGCUUAAUUGUUGGCAUAUUCAUACUAGUCCUAGUUGUAGCGGCAGCAAUACUUGUGACGGUUUACAUGUACCACCACCCAACAUCAGCAGCCAGCCUCUUCUUCAUUGAGCGUCGACCAAGCAGGUGGCCUGCCAUGAAAUUUCGGAGAGGAUCUGGGCACCCUGCAUAUGCUGAAGUGGAACCAGUUGGCGAGAAAGAAGGCUUCAUUGUAUCUGAGCAAUGCUAGUGUUUUUCAGACAGUUCACAAGUAACUGGCCUACAGAGGACUAAGAUAUUUACUAUGCCUCUCAUUCAAGAAAAGGAAACCAAAAACUCCAAUCCAAGUGAGAGAAGCAGAAUUGACUUCUGGAUAAACUUUCUCCAAGGGGGAAAAAGAACUAUAUGGAUUCCUGGUGACCCUUUCAGUGAGAGGUGUUUUUUUUUUUCAGAGCAGAUUGAUAUACAAAAUUUCAGUUAUGUACCUCUGAAUACAGUAUGAGAGUGAUGGAAACAUUUGCCAUGUUCAUGGUUUAGGUAUUGGAGAUGUAGAGUAAUCCAGGAAAUGAAUGGAAAGCUUUAGUUCAGAACAGUGCUUCCUUAUUUGAUCCAGCACAGCAGUGUUGUGGGAUUUUUUUUUAUAAAAAAAGAACUGUUACAAAUGAGUGCCCUUUCAUGCCUGGAAGCACUGUUCCUUGUUGACAAUGCUGCUGGUGAUAUCAGUCCGAUGCAGAUAACAUAGCUUAGCCAUUUUCUAUAUUUACCACAAAUAAUACGAUUUCUGCCCCAUUCCAUAGACACAGCAUAUAUUUGGAAAUAGCAAAAUGUUUCUUGUAUUCUGUUAGGCUUAUAUCCUUUGAACGGUGAGUUUGUUUUUCUAAUCACAACUAUAGGUCUAUAGUUGACAAAUAUCGGAGCGUUUUGUCUUGAAAGCAAGAAGGUUUUUCACUAUGGUGAAACUGGGCUGUCAAACUGGAAUAUAUAUAUAUAGUGAAAUUGGACUAAUAUUCAGUUUCAAUGUUCACAAAAAUCAGACCAAAACUUCAGUGCUAUGCAUUAUUUACUUGGGAGUAAGCCCCGCUGAGCUCAGUAGGAUUUGCUUCUAAAGGAUUGUGCAUAGGAAUUUGGCUGUUAGUUUCAGAGAGAUUGCUUAUGGCCCUGUUGAAACAGAAAUAGUAUAAAUAGGCCUGGCUGGUGCUGGGCGAGAGAGAAAACUAGCCUUUGGAAUGGAGGAAAAAGGAUGAGAAGUGUUACUAUUCUUAACCCAUGCCAGUCUUGAGAACAACCUUCCAGUCCAAAUGUUGCAAUCCUUCAGAUUCAUGUAGAAAUAUUGUUUAAUGCACAUAGUAAUUGCAUAAAUAUAUAUAUAUAAAUAAAUAUAUAUAUUAAAAUAUAUUUUUGUUAUAGCUAACACAAGGCAGGCUCUUGUGACUGUUAAGAAUGCUUUUUUGCCAUCGAGACGAUGGAAAUAGAUUGCAUUUCUGCCUAUUUCCACUGAGUUGUAAAAUAAUCAUUAAUAUUAAAAUAAAAUUUUAUGUUACCUAGGGAAAGUGGUUCAUUUAAAUGCAAGGCCAUCAUUUUGCCUGCCUCUUGGAUCUACUGUUUCUUUUAACAACAAAACUUUUUCCUUUCCUGACAAGGGAAAGCAAGCUAUUUUUUAGAAACUUCCAGUAAAAUACUCCUUUGGGUGGAAAGGAGGGAAUGUACACUGAGCUCCUAAAACAUCUGCUCAAAUUUUGUAUGGACAGUACAUUGUGAACUUUGCCAUUCAUCACUUUUCACGUACCACAUAAACAAAGGCACUUGAAUCGUCGUAAGGUUCAAUAAACCAUCUUCAGGUUUCCAGUUUCUUCGGAUAUCUGUUCAGGUACCACCUUUAUGACACAUGUCUUUACAUUUUCAUGUCAAUACUUGUAUGGUAUCUGUUUUUUAAACAACAGCAACAUAAUUUUUACUUGUUAUUUCCUUCAGUAAAUAAUACAAUACCGUA